CCCAGCCGGCGCCGCGCAGCACUGGGACUCGCGCCCACACCGCAGCCCAGCCAGCCUGCUCCGCGCUCGCCUGCUCCGUCUCCCGCCGGACCCGUGCGCCCUCGCUGCUGCGGCUCUGCGCCCCUCGACCCUGCCGGCACGAUGCACCUCUCCCAGCUGCUGGCCUGCGCCCUGCUGCUCACGCUACUCUCGCUCCGGCCCUCUGAAGCCAAGCCCGGGGCGCCGCCGAAGGUCCCGCGAACUCCGCCAGGGGAGGAGCUGGCCGAGCCCCAGGCUGCGGGCGGCGGUCAGAAGAAGGGCGACAAAACUCCCGGGGGUGGCGGCGCCAACCUCAAGGGCGACCGGUCGCGACUGCUCCGGGACCUGCGCGUGGACACCAAGUCGCGGGCGGCGUGGGCCCGCCUUCUGCACGAGCACCCUAACGCGCGCAAAUACAAGGGAGGCAACAAGAAGGGCUUGUCCAAGGGCUGCUUCGGCCUCAAGCUGGACCGGAUCGGCUCCAUGAGCGGCUUGGGAUGUUAGUG